CAGGCACUGACCAUUGCCGCCAAUUUUGGCUUCGUUCUCUGGCCAGUGUCGUUUUGCGCGUCACACUCCAGAGGAAAAAAUAUGCUGGCUGGCUCAUCAACAUACUUACCUACUCAUUACGCGUUUGCAUAAUGACCACCUUAUCACACCACAUUGAUGAUCAGACACUGCGAAAUGACUUGGAACAAUUGGUAGCAAAUGAUCCCAAAAGCAAACAAGUCAUUGAUCGGUUGAUCACGUAUUUUUUGACUAGAAGCGGAGCCCAAGAUGAGGAAUCCAAGAACGCAAAGCGAUCACUGGAUGAAAGUGACGGUUUAGAACUCGUAAAGUCCAACCCAACAUACAAAUUAAAGGAAAUAUCAUUUACGGCUCCUGAGCGAAAAAAGAUGGAUCUGCUGGUCGGUGAGCGACACUUACUUAUUCAACAUUAUAAAUCACAGUACGAACUCGCUAUUCCCAUUGAACGCCUGGAUACCCUAGUGUGCGUUCCUACUCCUGAAAAGGCCAAACCAGUGUAUACGUUUAUACUUUUUGAAAAAAAUCCAAGAACCAACGCUAUAGUGUUCUCUUUACCUGGCCAUGAUGCUGUGUCUUUUUAUGACAUGAAGGCCGAUUCAUCCAAUCCCAAAGGCUUGUAUAAAACCGACGACUUGUGCAGCUUUUUCGAAAAUCAAAUCAAGAUACCCCGUAUACUGCGACCCUCUGCAGAAGCAUUCGUUUACAUCAAACUUUCGCCAUUAGGACAACGGCAAGAGAAUUUUGGAGUCAAGGCGUAUCGCAAAACGAGUGAAGGUUAUCUCUUCUUCUUACCCAAUGGUAUAUUUUACGGAUUCAAAAAACCGUGUUUACUUUUUCCAUUGUCCGACAUUGGCACGACCAGCUUCCAUGAUAUAACCCAACGUACGUUCAAUCUGACAUUGACAAUGAAGGUUGGUCAUCAACCUCGUGGCGUCGGAUACGAUGCGCUUGUCAACAAGAACAAAGACCCCUCGGUGGAUUCAGCCGAAGGAGACUCAUACGAAUUUUCCAUGAUCGACCAAACCGAGUAUGGUGUCAUAGAUCAGUACAUCAAGAAAAAUAAAAUUAAUGACAACAGUAUGAGUGAAGAACGCAAGGCUCCGCCACCUAAACUCCAACAGGAUGAGAUGGAUGAUGAAGAUGAAGAAGAAACUGAAACUGCCAAGAAACGCCAGCCCGCUGAUGACGAUGAUGACGAUGAAGAAGAUGUCAACUUUCAGCCAAGCGAUAAUAGCGAUGAUGAAGAUUUAGAGUACGACUCGCAGGCGAGUGAUCAGGAAGGAGCCAAUGGUUCGGAUGAUGAGGAGGUGGAAGGAGAUAACAACGAAGAUAAUGAUGCAGAUGACCAUAUAAGUGGAGACGAGGCUCCAAGCACACGUGGCAACGCCAUGGAUGAAGAUGAAGAAGAUGAGCUAGACGAAUAAAUUCAAUCUAGAACAUAGCGCAUGCGUGCCAUUGUUUUCUGUUAUUCCUGUAAUUGCUUCGUUUCAAUGUAUUAAAAAAUGUACUAAUAAUCUCAUUACGAUUCUAUGACGACAGAUAGAUUAUGCGUUUAUAUUUAUUGCGACGGUUAGAG